CAACUCACGUGGCAGCAGGAACGUCCAGUUGAACCGGAAGUAGAGUUUCUCACACACGUGAAGAGAAGACACAAGCAACAGAAAAUGGAUUCUACCGAAUUAACAACUUCAGAAAGUGUUUCUAAGAAAAAGGGGAAAACGAAGAACCUAAAGCUAAAGCCGAAACCCGACAAAGCUCCAGUGGAGAAAAUGGAUCAGGUGGAGGGUGAAGUAACAGAGGAGAAACAAGUGUCAGGAGCGUGUUUUCCUCCCACAUUCAGCAUGUCUGAUAUCAAAAACAAGCAGCGCAGACAUUCGAUGUUCCUUAAACUCAAGGAGCAGAAAAGAAAGCAAAAGUUGGAACUGAAAAAGAAAAGGAAGAAAGAGAGAAAAGCUCUUGGUGAUAAGGCUCCACCUAAAGAAGUUCCCAAAACAAUAGAAAACCAGAGAAUAUAUGAUGAAACUACAGUCAACCCAGAGGAUGAGGAGGUGGCUUUUGAUGAAGGAACUGAUGAGUUUGCUGCUUACUUCAAUCGGCUGACAAAUCCCAAAGUUCUCAUCACCACUUCAGAUAGGCCCAGAGGAAGGACAGUGAGGUUUUGUGAUCAUCUGGCAACAGUAAUCCCACAUGCACAUGUCUACUACAGAAGAGGUCUGGCAUUGAAGAGAGUCAUUCCACAGUGUGUAUCUAGAGGUUUCACUUAUCUGAUAGUGAUCAAUGAGGACAGAAAGGUUCCAAACGGUUUGGUUCUCUGUCACCUUCCUGACGGGCCAACUGCACAUUUCAAACUCAGUAGUGUUCGUCUUCGCAAGGAAAUGAAGAGAAAAGGUAAGAGCCCAACAGAACACGUCCCAGAAGUCAUCCUAAACAACUUUUCUACUAGACUCGGUCACUCCAUCGGCCGGCUGUUUGCUGCUCUAUUUCCUCAUGAUCCACAGUUUGUUGGCCGUCAGGUCGCCACAUUUCACAAUCAGAGAGACUUCAUCUUUUUCAGGUUUCACAGGUACAUCUUCAAGAAUGAAAAAAGAGUGGGCAUACAAGAACUAGGACCUCGCUUCACUCUUAAACUUCGCUCCUUACAGAAAGGAACCUUUGAUUCAAAGUUCGGGGAAUAUGAAUGGGUUCACAAACGCCAUGAAAUGGACUCCUGCAGAAGAAAAUUCCAUCUUUGAGGGACAGACUAAACGCAGGAUAACCGUGUUGACGUUUCAUAAAUAUCUAUAAAAAAACACCCUUACAUUAUGAAACGAAAUAUAAAGUGUUAUAGAAACAAGCUGUGUAUUUU